CUGUCAUUUUCGUAUGCUGCAAGGAUCAUAACCACACGUUCCACAACGUACCCCAUCUCGGAGCUGAAUGUGAUACUGUACUGAAUGUAUAUACUGUACUGUACAGGGCAUCCAUAUCCUACCAGAUCCCGUCUCAGCAACGCCCACCUCACCACCUGAACCUCAAGGAGAUCCAUCACAUACCCAUCCCUCUCCAUUUCAGCAGGAUGAGCGCCACUUCCAACACCCUCCGCCACCAUCUCGGCAAGAACGGCCCCUCAAUCAACCCUCUCGGCUUGGGCUGCAUGGGCAUGAGUGCUUUCUACGGGAAAGCUGACUCGAAAGGCUCCAUCGAUACCCUCAACAAAGCCAUCGAGCUGGGUUGUACUUUCUGGGAUUCUGCUGACGUAUAUGGUCAAAACGAGGAACUCCUCGGACAGUACUUCAAGGACACCGGCAACCGCGACAAGGUCUUCUUGUGCACAAAAUUUGGUUUCGAUAUCCAUGACAAGAAAGACGGGAAGCCCAAUGGGAAGCCUGAAUACAUCAAGACGGCGUGUGCUAGCUCCCUGAAGCGCCUAGGAGUGGACCACAUUGACCUGUACUACAUGCAUCGCAUGGAUCCCAACACUCCCAUCGAAGACACCAUGAAAGCCUUAGCCGAGCUCGUAAAGCAAGGCAAAAUCAAACACAUUGGCCUAUCCGAAUGCAGCGCCGAAACGCUUCGCCGCGCCCACGCCGUGCAUCCCAUCGCUGCCGUCCAAGUUGAGUACUCGCCGUGGACGCUCGACAUUGAGACCAACGGUCUGCUUGCUGCUUGCAAGGAGCUCGGUGUUGCCAUCGUCGCGUACUCGCCACUUGGCCGCGGGUUCCUGACGGGUCGGUUCAAGUCCGAGGAGGAUUUGGAUAAGGACGAUUGGCGCCGUAAGAACCCUCGGUUCCAGGGGGAGAACUUCAAGAAGAACCUGAAACUUGUAGAAAAAAUCGAGGAGAUCGCCCAGCGCAAGAAUGUAAAAGCGUCCCAGCUUGUGUUGGCCUGGGUGCUUGAGCAGGGCGAUAACUUCUUCACCAUUCCGGGCACGACUCGUGCGGCGAACUUGGAGGAAAACAUGGCUAGUUUGAACGUCAAGGUAACUAAAGAGGAUGAUGCCGCUAUCCGUGCCAUCACCAAGGAGAUUGGUGUGGCGGGUACUAGAUAUGACGAGGCGGGGUUGAAGACCCUCAACCUUUAAGGCAUAUGUGCGAAAGGCUUUUAGGACCGGCCGUGCGAUAGAUAGCCUAGGACAUUUCUGUCUGUAGCAUCGUUUUCUUGAUAUCAAAAGUAGAAGCUCACGGCAUCAUGCACUCCGAAGCGUUAACUCGUCGUGA